AUGAUCAAGUUAUUGUCAAUCUUCGCCUUCUUCAGCGUUGCUGCUUUGGCUUUGCCGGUGGCUAAUGUUCCUGCAUCAUCACCUGCCCCAGCACAGCCAGCACAGCCAGCACCAGCUCCAGCACCAAAACCAGCACCAAAACCAGCACCUUCACCUAAAGAUCAGAAAAAAUCGCAGGAUGCUUUAAAGAAGGCAGUCGGCGACGCUUCACUUAUCUCGAAGGAACUGCAGAAACUUAUAAACUCUGCGGAACAAAUGCUAGGGAAAGAAUUGCAAAAUCUGGUAAAUAAGUCUGCAGCAGCUUUGGGCGAGGCGAAAAAGGAGGCAGCGAAAGCUCAAAGCAAGGCGCAGGCACUUCUUGCUAAAGCGGCUCCGGCGAUAGCACGAGUUCUGAAGGAUGCUGCGAACGAAACCGCUACGGUUUUGGAAGUCACGAAGAACACCACAAAAGACGAAUUGAACAAUGCUACGAAAGAAUUAGCGAAAGUUAUAAAAGAAUUGAAGGACGGUUUGGCAUCACUCACUAACGAAACUGCUACGAACGUAAAUGAUGCAAGCAAAAAAUUAGACGAAGACCAACUUAAGGCUACCGAAGAUUUGAACAAUGCAACUCAAGCUAUGUUAGAAGAACUAACUGAGUUAAAAAACAAAACCGAUAAAGCGCUCGCUGAGCUAAAGAAAGAAACGGAGGAACAGUUGGAAAAAAUUAUAAAAACUCUCGCCGAAGCCGCUAAUAACGAGACUAAGGAUGUUUUACAGCUCACGAAAGAUGCACUGACCGAAGCCAAGAACGAAAGUGAGGCUCUUCUACGUUUUGUCGCAAAAUCCAGUAAACAGACACUAGAUGCAACCGCGAAGGUCGCUACCAACAUUUUAAACGAUACAGCACGCGCCGUAAAUGCUCUGGUGGAGGAUGCUAAGAGGAGAGCUCUCGAGACUGCGAAAGAACUUAAGAGUGACCUUAACAAAGCUGUAGCCAAAGCGGAAAAGGACCUAGUCAAGAUGGUCAACACCACUGCAAGAGCUUUGAAGACCGCAACUACAACUGUUCACAAAGAGAUCGAAGAUAUCAACGACAAAGUUUAUAAUGCCUCGCUCCAGAUAGAGAACGCGAUUGAAAACGGAACGGAUUGGUUGAUCGAUACAACGGCGACAGUCAACAAAGAUGUCAAUGAUCAAGUUGACAAUGCUACUUCUGAAACUGUCGCGGUCUUACAGAGCGUGUCACAGUCGAUCGCAAGCGAAGUGAGGAACGCAGUAAAUAAUACCGCUAAAGUUUUGGCCGCUGUUAAGAACGCGACGGACGAAAAAUUGAAGAAAGUUGCAGACACAGUUAAUAAAUUGGCUACAGUAAGCAAAGAAGCCAAGGAAGCUGUUAACAAGAAAGCAGCAGAAAUUAGCCAGGAUGUUGCUGAAACUCUAGAUAAAUUGGGGGAGGAAGUCAAGAAGACACUAGAAGAAGUCAAUAAAAAAGCCGCUGAGGUCGUGAACAGUUUGAGGAACCUUACAAAGAAAGGAGCAGCCGAAGUUGAAGAGAAAUCUAAGGAGACUCUCAACAAAACAAAGGCUGCAUUAGAUGCUGUCAAAAAAGCAUCGGGCGACGCAGUGAGCGAAACACUAAAAGCAUUGCGAAACGAAAGUUCCGCAGUUUCGAAUGCUGCUGGGAAAGCCCUUGAAAAGACAGUUGAUAAUUUGAAAAAGAAAGCCUCAGAGGCUUUGCAAGAAGUUAAGAAGGCCGCAAAUGAAGCAUUGAAAGGAGCUAAACAGAAAUCUUCAUCGUUAGCGGCAGACGCAAAAAAACUGGCUAAGGAUGUUCAGAUGAUGUCGUAG